CGGUUUCCGGUUUCCGUUUAACUGACAACUGACACUAUUGACAAAACACAAAACAAUAAACAAGAAAGAAAGCAAGGGGAAUAAUAAAUGCUAAAUUUAGAAGAGCAAAUAUCAGAAAAAUAUAAUUAGUGUAGAAGGCAAUGAUCAGAGUUAAAUUAGAGAGGAAAAGUAAAUAAAUUGGACUUUUUAAUAUUUCUACAGGUAGAAAUGUCUGAAAUAGGUGCCCAAACUCCCAAGCCUACACUCUCAUUAAGACAUGAUUGGUAUCAGUCUGAUUCUGCUGUCGUAAUUACGAUUUUAAUAAAAAACAUUCAAUCUGAUCAACUGAAAGUUAGUUUUUCUGAUCAAGAAGUAACAGCAGAUAUCACAGUCCCUGAAUAUCAAGAUUGCCACCUUCAGUUUCAUCUAAGUCACAGAAUCGUUCCUGAGCAGUGUAGUUACAAAACGUCUGCUUCGAAGAUUGAAAUUAAGUUAAAAAAAUUGGAAGGAUUAAGAUGGGACAAGCUACAAGGAGGAAUUAAUGAAAAAAUCAAGCCAAUACCUCAAGAACUAGGAACAGCAGGACCACCAGCUUAUCCCACAUCAAAAAAAGGAAAAGACUGGAAUUUAGUAGAAAAAGAAAUAACAAAACAAGAAGCAGAAGAAAAACCUGAAGGGGAGGAAGCUCUCAAUCAGCUUUUCCAACAAAUUUAUGGUAAAGGUAGUGAUGAAGUAAAGAAAGCAAUGAAUAAAAGCUAUCUUGAAAGUGGUGGCACAGUAUUGAGCACUAACUGGUCUGAGGUUGCUGGUAAAAAAGUAGGUGUGAAACCUCCAGAUGGAAUGGAAUUUAAAAAAUGGGAUAGUUAAUUUUGAAAUGGUUGUUUUGACAUAUACAAAUUAAAUAUUUAUUUAAUAUAUUUUUGUGUUGGCUUUUUUAAUAAAUUCCUGGUAGGCCUAUA